AAUAUUUUAAGAAGCAAAUAUCUGACGUGGAAUAAAUAAAAAUUGGAAAAGCAGAGUGAGGAAGGGAAGGGAGCAGAGUAACAAAAAAGUGAGUACGGAGUCUGCAGACUGCUGCACACAUAUCCCUCCUCUCUCUACACUCUCUCGCCGCCUCUGGUACUACUAAACCAAACAACACACACUUUUCGUCGUCUUCAGAAGAAAAAGCUCGCUCCAAGCAUUGUGCUUUGGUUCAGAAGAUGGAAACGAAAUCCGAGAAUCGGGUGUGCGAGUGUGACGUGGAGAAGAAGAAAAAGGAAGCGGUUCACGUCGUUCUUCAGGUGGAUCUUCACUGCGACGGAUGUAUCGCCAGGAUCGUCAGAUUAGCUCGCUGUUUGGAAGGAGUUGAAACAGUGAGAGCAGAUCCUGUUUCCAACAAGCUCACUCUCAUUGGCUGCUUCAUGGAUCCUGUGAAGACUGCUGAGAAUUUGCAGGAGAAGACCAAGAAGAAGAUCGAGCUCCUAUCUCCCAAGCCCAAGAAAGAGACCAAAGUGAAUAUUAAUGAUGCAAAGCCGACUACUAUGAUCGCUGUGAGCACAGUGAACCUGAAGUUGAAUUGUUCAUGUGACGGUUGCAUCAAGAGGAUUCACAAGACUAUCUCUAAGACCAAAGGUGUCUACCAGGUGAAAAUAGACAGGGAGAAAGAAGUGGUCAGCGUCACAGGGACUAUGGAGGUUAAGACUGUGACAGAGACUCUGAAAAGGAAACUGAAGAAAACCAUCCAGGCCGUGCCUGAGAAGAAGGACAAGAAGAAAGAGAAUGCAGAGGGAAUCUCCAAACCCGGGUCUCCAGGCCUGCCAUGCUAUGGUUUCAAUUAUGGGCUUGGACCUUACGGUUUCAUGGGAGGCCCAAUCACAGAGCUUUUUAGCGAGGAGGAUCCCAACUCUUGCUGCGUUAUGUGAUUUUCAGGCGAGAAAAGAUUGCAGUAUAUCACCGGCAAAUAACUAUAGGAGGCGUACCGCGUACAUAUAUCUAAGGAACAUCAACUGAAAAGAAAAACGGAAGUCAGGACUCAGGAGGUAGAUGUUUUUGUGAUGGACUUGAGACUUAAUUGUAAAUUGCAUUAUUUUACUUUUGGGGAUGUUGCAAUGACAAUACCAUGACACACUUUUCUAUAUGGUAAUUUUGGGUGUGUACCACUCACCACAUCAACUUAUGCCAGUUUGUUUU